GACAACAUCGAGGAGGCGAUGGCGGGCCUGGGGCUGUCCAUGGAGGAGCUCGGGGAGUGGAUCGACCAGGAGCUGGACAAGGUGGACUUCCUGACGCCCCACAAGGCCGCCCUGUCCGAGCUCGAGAGCCUGGUGGAGAAGAAGGAAGCCGAGGUGGCCCGCAUCGACGGGCUGUUCGAGGACGCCUCCAGGUCUGUCGCCGAGUGUGAGCUGCUGGUGAAGGACCUGUACUGUAACCUGGGGCUGGAGUACGAGGACGCGGGGCAGGACGCGGCCGGGCCGAAGGGGGCGGAGGAGCCCUCCGAGGUGAUCGAAAUCCUGGACGACGAGGACGACGACGUGAUGGCGAUAGAGCCCGGUAUAGCGCGGAGUCCCGAAGCCCAGCGACGCCAUCUGCGGGACAGACGGGGGGCGAAGGCUCUGUUAUAG